AUGACGUCAUUAUUUAGAACACACUCCUCUUUUGUUUUGUACCAAAACACUAAUUUCAGAUGCAACAGAAAAGCCAACGAUGUCGCUCUCCUAAAAACUGUACGACAGCUCAAGUGGACCGAAGAUCUGAGACCUGCUUGCCUCCCUCAACCUAAGGCACAGGACUUCAGUGGGACCACUGCCACUGUGGCUGGAUGGGGCUUCACCAACGAAGACAGAGCUAUAGGAUCCAGGCCCAACGUCCUCCAGAAGACGAGUGUGGUGGUGGUCACAAACGACGAGUGCAACCAAUGGUACCAGUCCCAAGGGAGCAAGGUCAAGAUCAUCCCGACCCAGAUGUGCGCUGGACACGAGCAGGGAGGCAGAGACUCUUGCUGGGCUGACAGCGGCGGUCCUCUCAUGAUCCGCGAAGACAAACGCCACGCCAUGGUAGUGGGUGUGGUAUCGACAGGCAGUGGCUGCGCGCGCGCAAAGAUGCCAGGAGUGUACACCAGGGUGUCCAGGUAUACGGAGUGGAUAGUCCAGAGUAUUGGCCAGGACAACGCUAGAGGUCUGAGAUGGUAUCCCAGGAGUAGGGUGUAAUCAUUGAAAAUCAAAAUGGAAGUUGUCCACCUACGUCAUGAUAGCUAACUUAACUAACAUCACUUACUAGUGAAAUUGAAAAUAAAGAUACAACAAAGCAAAAAGAUGCCGGGACUCGGUAUACACGCAGCUAUCCAGGUAUACGGAAUGGAUAUUCCAGAGCAUUAGCGAGAACAACGCUAGAGGGCUGAGGUGGUAUCCGAGGAGGACAUGAUGGGAAGAGGGUCAUCGAUAAUCUAAAUAAAAUUGGGUACUAAAGAUAUCCUGCAUGAAGUCAUGACUAGUGAAAUAAAAAGAAAGCCAAACCGCGAAAUUAACUUAUUUUCCAUAACAUUACUAAGUUUGCAUGUAACGCAGCAUUUUUGUU